UCAAGUGUAAAAUUAAUGGCUGCCAUCAGUAGAGCCUUGCAGCUCUCUUUCUCACUCUUGCAGCUACCAAUAGCUAGCGUUCUAGUGCAGAGCUAACUACUAAGUAGAGUAGUAAAACUCGGUAAACAAGUUUGGCUACGUGCUCUUCUGAAAAGACUGCAAUGGCAUUCCAAGUAAGCAAAACUAGGCAUAACUCGAGAAAGAAGCAUUAUUUUGCAAAUCCACGAAUUAAAAUCCAAGUAAUUUAAACAUGACUAGAAGCCUAUAGAAACUCUUACUUGCACUUGAUUCAUCCUUGAGCAGCUGUAGCAGUCUACACAGACAGACACACAAACACACUACCGUAUACCUCGCUUGCGCAUGCGCACCGAGGCAUAAAAAUGUGAGUCCUCCUGUGGAAACCUCAAAAGAGGUAAUCCCAGAAACCCCCUCCUCCCUCCUCCCCUCUCUGACAGUCCCUGCAGUUGAGGAACACACCUCUCCUAGAAGAUUUAGUGCUGCCCUAGACGCUCAGUGUACAUACAGAGUGACAGUGACUCAGAUGUACCCUCCAGCAAUGAUAGACCUCGUGCAAUGGAGCUCAAAGAAUCAUCAGAAUGGCUUAGCAACUCAAGAAGAAAGCUCCAGAAGUUUGCAUUUCAGAAAAGCAAGAUUACAAACGAUUCAAAAGAAAUUAAAAUGCACAGUGAAGCCGCUAGAAACUGUAAGAAGGUCAAGAAAAUAAUAUUAAUAGAAAGUAGCGAUAGCGAUGAUGAUCGUAGUUCAUCAAAAACAAAGUUGUCGUCGAUGGAAACCAAACAAAGUGUACAGUCUUGUGAGACUACUGCUGAUGUGGUGGAGUUGACUGAUAGUUAUCGUGAUGAGUACAGUGGGUCAGAAUCAGAGGAAGAUGGUUAUUCCGUCAAACAGAAGAAGUCAAUCCUCAAGUUUAUGAACGAUUCCUCCCUGGAUGAGCUGUGUGAUAUUCCACGCUGCUCUGUUACCAAAGCUAAACUGAUUGACAAACACCGACCCUUUGAAACCUGGAAGCAUUUGGUGGAGGCUCUUGUUGCAAAGAAGGGUCUUAGUGAACAGUUGCUGGAAGGCUGUCUGACACUACUGGCAGAGAGGAAGGUUCUUGUUAGACUACUGGCUCAAUGCAGGACCAUCUCCACCUCCAUCCAAGACAAGUUCUCUCACCUGCAAAACUCAGAAUGUGUGAGUACUACUGGAGAUGAUGUGGUGUACUCGGCACAACCUGCUGUUAUGAACCCAAGUGUUCAGUUGAAGGAGUAUCAAUUGCUUGGUCUCAACUGGUUGGUCCUGCUACACUCUCAAGACCUCAAUGCAAUACUGGCUGAUGAAAUGGGUCUUGGUAAGACAGUGGAGGCGAUAUCGUUCCUGUUUCACCUCUAUCAGCUGGGCUCCAGUGGUCACUUCCUUGUCGUGGUCCCCUCCUCCACUCUAGACAAUUGGGUUCGUGAGUUUGAGGUGUGGUGUCCAGCCAUGAGAGUCAUAGCGUACUGGGGUUCCCAACAGGACAGGUCUCAGAUGAGAUAUGAGAUCCUUUCCAAUCGUGAUAACUUUGAUGUCAUCCUCACAACGUACAAUGUGUGUAUAGGUCAGGCUGAGGACAGGAAGUUCUUUAGGAAGCUCUCUCUAGACUGUCUCGUACUGGACGAGGGACACAUGCUCAAGAACAUGAACUCACUGCGAUACACACACCUCAUGAAAAUACAGGCUAAGAGGAGACUCCUGCUCACGGGGACUCCACUACAGAACAACCUGCUGGAGCUCAUGUCUCUACUCAGUUUCGUUAUUCCUUUCAAACAAUUCUCUGCUCAAAUCAGAAACACCUUCUCUAGAGCUAGGAGAGUGGACGAGUCGAGUGCCUACUACCAGGAGCAAGUGAGACAGGCCAAGCAGAUCAUGACACCCUUUACACUGCGGAGGCUCAAGUCACAAGUGCUGAGUCAGCUCCCGGCCAAGGUGUCCAGUACAGAGCAUUGUCAGCUGACAGAGACUCAGUGGACGUUGUAUAGGGGCGUGGUGGAGAGGUCACUCAGGGUCAAUCAGGGCCGGCAUGGUGAUGAGCUCAACAAGAGGAUGGACGUGAUGGUAGACCUUCGCAAGGCCACCAACCAUCCCCUACUCCUGAGACACCACUACACUGACCACACCCUACACUGCAUGGUGAGGGCCAUCCUAAAGGAGCCCAGUCACAGAGAUGCUGCUCCCAACCUCGUGUGGGAGGAUAUGAGUGUAAUGUCAGACUUUGAGCUACACAACCUCUGCACACUGUACAAGUCACUAUCAGAAUACGCUCUACCCGGGAGCUUGGUGGGAAUGUCUGGAAAAUGUGAAUUCCUGUCAAAAAAAUUAUCACAACUGAAAAAGAAUGGUGAUCGUGUGUUGGUGUUCAGUCAGUUUACAAUGAUGCUCGACAUUCUUGAGGUGUUUCUACGGCAAGAAGGCCACGCCCACCUCCGACUGGACGGCCAGACACCCGUCACUGAGAGGCAGGGGCUAAUAGACCAGUUCAAUGAACAGGAGAGCAUCUUCGUGUUCCUACUAUCAACAAGGGCUGGGGGUCUUGGCAUCAACCUCACCUCAGCCAAUGUGGUCAUCAUCCAUGAUAUAGACUUUAACCCCUACAACGACAAGCAAGCCGAGGACCGUUGUCACAGGGUCGGCCAGACCAGGGAUGUGACGGUGCUGAGGCUGGUGGGUGGUGGGACAGUGGAAGAGGACAUCCUCCAGUGUGCACAGAGCAAGCUGCGACUGGAGCACGACCUCACAGCCUCCACUGACCACGAUGAUAAAUUGGACGUGACUGGUCUCCUACAGAAGGCUCUAGCAAGAUCUCAAACUAUGAACCUCCCAACUUAACACUAUUGAGUAUACUUCUCAUCUAUUAUCAGAUCAGUGUUGUGUUUUAUUGUCAGUGAGAAUAUGUGAUUUUGUAACUAUUAUUCCAAGCAAAUCAAAUCAGUUUUUAUUGUACAAUAUAUUUGAAACCACACAAUCAUAACAGAUCAUGA